AUGUGUCAGGAGAAUCUGAAAGAACUGGGCUUGCUCCACCUGGAGAAGAGCAUUCUUAUUGCUGACUACAACUGCCUCAUGGGAGAAUACAGAGAAAAUGGAGCCACACUGUUCAAGGAGGUGCAUGGUGGGCUCCAGGCUGGGACAAACUGGCUCCGUGGGGACCUUGUCCUCCUACUCACAGUGGUGGCGAUGCUUCUUCUCUGUGCAAGCGCUGGCCCAGCAGUACCCACUGCCAGCUCCCGGAGUGGGUUCCCAGCAGACUGCAGCCAUCUCCGCAAGACCAGCCCCAGCGGGGUGUACGUCAUCCAGCCGGCAGGGUCUCCCCCACGGGUGGUGUGGUGCGACAUGGACACCGAAGGCAAGGGGUGGACUGUUGUCCAGAGAAACUCUCACGACACUGAGAUCACAUGGAAGCAAUCCUGGACCACCUACAAGUACGGCUUCGGGAAUGUGCGCGGCGAUCACUGGCUGGGCACUGAGUACCUGCACCUGCUGACGCAGCAGGGCACCUACAAGGUCCGCUUCGUCGUGUGGAAUAAAGCCAACGUCACCCAUUAUGCUGAGUACGACAUCUUCAGGGUGGAGAGUGAGGCUAGCGGGUACCCGCUGAGGCUGGGACGGUUUUCUGGUGAUGGGGAUGACUAUCUGACCAGCUAUCACCCCAAGAAGGGGGGCAUACACGACAACAUGAAGUUCAGCACAACUGACAGGGACCAGGACCAGUACAGCGGGAACUGCGCCAGCAGCUACGGGGGCUGGUGGUAUGACAGGUGCCAGAACAUCCUGCUCAAUGCCAAAAAACACAUCCUUUGGCCAGGAUUCUGUGAUAAUGGCGACUGCACAUCCUCCGUCAUCCUGGUCAAACCCACAGAUGUGUGUUGACCAUGCCGCAGCGCCCAGCCUCCCGGGAGGCUGUGGGAGUGCCACCAUCCCCAGCUCAGUGCCCCGUUUCCGUGCCUGCCAACAGCCCUGUGCCAGCCCUGCUGCAUGUCCUGUGCUGCCUGCAGCUCCCGCAACA